UUAAAAAUCACUUUGAAAACGCCGAGCAUUUUGCCCUAGCGUGGAAUGGGGCGAUGGCGGAAGAAGCCCCAAAUGGUGCUUUGCGCUGCGCUUGGAAGGGGCCACAUGAUCCCGAUGAUGGGCCUCGCUCGAUCGCUAGCUUCUACAGGUGAAAUAUCGGUCACAAUCGUCUUCCAGAACGCUGGAGCUCGGAAUUCCAUCCAGGAAGCAACAUUCUUCUCAGGGCUGGACGUGGAGCUCGCAGUCCUAGACGCGGCUAAUCUGUGCGAGGAUCCGCCAUGGCUGACUGGCGGAUCCGUCAGCGCAAGGAUGCACAAGGAUCGAUCGCGGCGAUCGCCUAAGGCAGCAGCAGGUUCCAUGGAUCCAGAAUCGGCGCUUCGAGAGCUCCUCGCAGAUCUUCUCGCUUCUCCAUCGCCUCCGGUCUGCCUUGUGGCCGAUUUCUCGCUGCCGUGGACUGCCGCUCCAGCUCGCGAUCUAGAUCUGGCGAGCUCGUGGAGAUGGCGAUCUUGCCGGCCAAAGAUCCCCGCGAGAAGAAGAUCGCUGUUCCUGGCGUCCCGGAUCUCUCCCAGCACGAUAUUUCGCAGUAUAUAUGGGAUUCCAGGGACCAAUAUCACCUCCGGGUAGAACUCUGGCACCGAAAGACAGUGGAAUCCGACGGUGUGCUACUCAACACUUUCUACGAGCUCGAAUCCUCGGCCGUCGAUGCGCUUCGAGAAGAGAUU